AUGGUUCUCGCUGUCGAUCUCCUGAACCCCAGCCCUGCGGCUGAGGCCAAGAAGCACAAGCUCAAGACCCUUGUGCCCGCCCCCCGCUCCUUCUUCAUGGACGUGAAGUGCCCCGGCUGCUUCACGAUUACCACCGUCUUCUCCCACGCCCAGACCGUCGUCAUCUGCCAGGGCUGCACCACUGUCCUCUGCCAACCUACUGGUGGUAAAGCACGACUCACAGAGGGCUGCUCUUUCCGAAGGAAGUAG